AUGCAAAUAAAAGACAUAGAUUAGGGGAAAAAAAAUUUUAUCUUUGAUGAUUUAAUACUGAACAGCAAUUAAUUUCUAGCUUUUCGACAAAUUGUUUCCUAAUAAUCUAAAGAUAUCAUUUCAGGAAUGUUGUAAGUAUUUUUCCUCCUAUUUAGAUUAGCUAUAUGUCUUCUUUUUUUGAUGAAAUUGAAGAUGUAAUGAAGUUUUUUAAAAGAUAUCCAAAUCGAGAAUGUAAAAAUAAUUAUUGUAAAAUUAGAAAUAAAUCUAACGAAAAAUAAGAAUUAUGAUUGA